UCCUAUUUUUUGGGUAACUGAAAGCAGAGUGCUAAAAUCAUGGCAGCUGGUAAACCAUUACAUGAUCUAGCUGAGGAUUUAUUGUGUUCAAUUUGUCUGGAUUUGUUUAAAGAGCCUGUAGUGCUGGAAUGUGGACACAGUUUUUGUAAGUCCUGCAUAGAUAAAGCCUGGGACAGUGAGAAAAAUUCUUCCUGUCCUGAAUGCAGAGAGGCAUUGCCAUCUAAAAUGUACACAGUGAACAGGCAGUUAUGCAAAGUUGUAGAGAGUAGCCAGAAGUUCUGGCAGUAUGAUAAAGAAGAAAUACCAAACCAGGAUCAAAAAAGUCACUACCUGCUUGGGUUGCAUGAGUGCACAGAGCACAACGAGGCAUUGAAAGUGUUUUGUCAAGACGAUGGAUGUCCUGUAUGUGUCAUCUGUAUGAUAUCGUCUACACAUAAAGGGCAUACAUUCCUACCCAUACUGGAAGCAGUCAGCAUAUUUCAGGACAAGCUGAAAAAUACUGUAUCUUCUCUAGAAGUGAAAAUGAAACAUCUUAAAGAGUAUCAAAGCAAUCAGGAACAGAACAUCUCUGGUAUUAAGGAUGAAGCUCAGAGCUUGGAGCCGCACAUUACAUCAGAAUUUGCCAAGCUGCGACAGUUUCUCCAGGACAAGGAACAAAAGCUGGUCCAGCAGCUCAAGGAUGAAGCUGCAGGAAUUCUGGAAAAGAUGACAGAAAACUUAGAUAAUAUUGAAGAAAUGAACAAGGCUAUUCAGGAUGAUAAAUCCAACAUUGAAUCAAUAUUGCAGCAGAAAGACCCUGUGCUUUUUUUCAGAGGCAUCACAGAUGAAAUAAAAAGCGUCAUGAAAAGACUAGAAGAAGAAGAAGAGAAGGAAGACAUACAAAAGAAAAAGAGGAAAGGUGUAUUUAAUGGUGAACUGGUUCCUGGCAGCCUAAGUCUCGGGGUAUACAGAGGCCCCCUGCAGUACAGCAUUUGGAAAGAAAUGCUGUCUGUAAUCAACCCAGGCCUGUCUCAUCUGACCUUGGAUCCUAACACGGCACAUCCUUGGCUCUCUCUCUGUAAAGACCUUACCGGUGUGGCGCACAGUGUUGCUAAACUACAUCUCCCUGACAACCCUAAAAGAUAUGAUACACGUCACUCUGUGCUGGGAUCACAGGGCUUCACAUCAGGAAGGCAUUACUGGGAAGUGGAGGUGGGGUGCAAGCCUGACUGGGAGUUAGGUGUUACCAAAGAGUCCAGCAACAGGAAGGGGAUAGUUGCAAUGAGACCAAAGGAUGGAUAUUGGGUAAUAUAUCUGUCAAACAAGAUGUACUGGUCUGUGGAUUUGUCAGUCCCGCUUCUUGGACUAAGUAUGAAACCACAAAAGAUCGGAGUGUACCUGGACUAUGAGGGAGGUCAGGUGUCAUUUUACAAUGCAGGUAACAUGUCCCACAUCUACACCUUUUCUGAUGCUUUCACAGAGGGACUUUACCCUUAUUUUUGGCUUGGAUCUUAUUCAAAACCACUAAAACUAUUUCACCUAAAACUGUAAUGAUGAUUUGCAUAUACUAAUGUUUAUUACCAAGGAAAUUACUGAUGUAACCAAAUGUCUAUAAAAUACAUUUUAGUCACUGUAUAACAAAGUAAACACAUACCUAUUUCAGAAUUGCUAUAGUGAUGCCAUGUGCACAGCAGAAGUAUAUUUAGAAGUGAGAGUUAUUAGUGGAUAAUUAAACAGUUGUAUGAAACUCAUUCCUUGUACUGCACUCCAAAUACACAAGUAUUAUUUACUCCGGGGGGGGGGGGUAAAACAACCUUUUUGCAUGAUUCCUAAUAGAAAAUUGCAUUCCCUGCAAGUAAAGGUUUAAGCAUUAUACACACCACUGCAUAUGGAAAUUAUUGCUUCCAAAAAAUGACAUGGUCAAAGUCAUGCCACUUAAGUCAUACAUAUGCAAUAUCUGCUUGUGGAGCCAUUUCUUUGGGAAAAGCAUCAUGGUUAAACUUAUAAGAGAGCAUUUGAAUGAUGUACAUAAGAAAGAAAGUAAAAAAAACAAUUACCAGGACAUAUGUAGUCACACAUUUCUACUCGGUAAUCCUUGGUACCUUUGGAAAGUUGAAACUGUAGUACUUUACCUAGAUAUCAGUUAAUGUUUGCUCUGAAUUUUCUCCAACAUUCUAGACUUUUAAAUUUGAUAAAAAGCUACAGUCCCCUGUUUAAUUAAUGCCUUACUAAAUGUUAUUGUUGUAACCUAUUAUAAUUGCUUAUUCAGCUUAAGAAGAAUGUCUUAUAACUUCUGUUACCUAAGUUUUGAUUAUCUGGAACUUAAUUACUUCUUGUAUCUUACAAGUAAAGUGCCAAACAAAAAUAAAGCAUUAUGGCUC